AUGGCUCCUCCAGCAGUUUUAAAAAAAUCAGGUGUUAUCUACGGUGAUGAUGUCAAAGAUUUAUUCGAUUAUGCUCAAGAAAAAGGAUUUGCAAUUCCAGCUAUCAAUGUUACUUCAUCAUCAACUGUUGUUGCUGCUUUAGAAGCUGCAAGAGAUGGUAAAGCUCCAAUUAUUUUACAAACUUCACAAGGUGGUGCUGCUUAUUUUGCAGGUAAAGGUGUUGAUAAUAAAAACCAAGAAGCUUCAAUUGCUGGUUCAAUUGCUGCUGCUCAUUACAUUAGAGCUAUUGCUCCAGCAUAUGGUAUUCCAGUUGUUUUACAUACUGAUCAUUGUGCUCAUAAAUUAUUACCAUGGUUUGAUGGUAUGUUAGAAGCUGAUGAAAAAUGGUAUAAAGAAACUGGUACUCCAUUAUUUUCAUCACAUAUGUUAGAUUUAUCAGAAGAAUCUGAUGAAGACAAUAUUGGUACCUGUGCUAAAUAUUUUGAAAGAAUGUCAAAAAUGAACCAAUGGUUAGAAAUGGAAAUUGGUAUUACUGGUGGUGAAGAAGAUGGUGUUAACAAUGAACACGUUCAAAAAGAAUCAUUAUAUACUUUACCAGAAACUGUUUUCAAAGUUUAUGAAUCAUUAUCAAAAAUUUCACCAAAUUUCUCAAUUGCUGCUGCUUUUGGUAAUGUUCAUGGUGUUUAUAAACCAGGUAAUGUUCAAUUAAAACCAGAAAUUUUAGGUGAUCAUCAACAAUACGCUAAAAAACAAUUAGCUACCGAAGCCGCACAUCCCUUAUAUUUAGUUUUCCAUGGUGGUUCAGGUUCAUCACAACAAGAUUUUGAUACCGCUAUUAAAAAUGGUGUUGUUAAAGUCAAUUUAGAUACUGACUGUCAAUAUGCUUACUUAGAAGGUAUUAGAGAUUACGUUUUAAAUAAAGCUGAUUACUUAAAAACACCAGUUGGUAACCCAGAAGGUGAAGAUAAACCAAAUAAAAAAUACUUUGAUCCAAGAGUUUGGGUUAGAGAAGGUGAAAAAACUAUGUCAAAGAGAAUUUCAGAAGCUUUAGAUAUUUUCCACACCAAAAAUCAAUUAUAA